AUUGAGAAUUCAGUCGAGCUAGCUCAAUGCAUACGUUCGCACGCACCACGCGUCGCUCCCUUAAUUUUCAUUUUGAUUUUCCACCUGGAGAACAUCCAAUUGUGAUACAUGAUUAUAUUAUUUAUUAAAAAUUUUUUUAAUUUAGUGGAUGGAUUUGACCUGUGAACUUUUGAGUUUGACAAGUGUUAUAAUUUAUUGAGUUAAGUGACUCUGGGAGGGAGGGAGGCAAUUGUUUUUGUGAAGUUGAUGAAAAAAUGAACCAUGUGUGCCCAAGGAUAAUUCCCUAUUAAAUAUAUAGGCUGUAAAUAUAUAAAUAUAAAUUCCGAGGGAAUUACGGGGAAGGAGAAAAAAAAAACGAAAGCGGAAAUGGUCAACGGGUGCGCUUCUGUGCGCGGCAAUUAUGUUAAGUGGCCAAUUAGUAAUUAAGUUGAGGAACUGAGUGGAGCUCGAAAGGAGCCCUUAAUUGGUGGACGAAGCGACACAGUUGAUGAUAUAAAAGGAUAUAUUUUAUUCUGAUAAUCGGAUUAAUCGAUGAGAUUGGUGUGAAUGUUUUUGUGUGAAGUGAUACCGUCGGCAAAAUUCUGUCACGAAGUGAUAGAAGUAGCAGGUUGUCAUCGGUGCUCGCCAUGACGGUCCAUCAUCAGAGUCACCACGUUGCCGCGUUGAAUGGUAUUGCUGUGCAGGCGGGUAAUACCGGCGGUGGAUUAAAUCUAAGUCGUAUGACUGGCCUCGAGGCACAUCAUCGGUCUAUCGAGAGAAUUGAUGAUAGAUUAACAAAUUCAAAUAACAAUAGUAACGGAAAUAUUGAUAGAUCUGAGGUAUCAACGACAAUGCCACACAGAUCGAGAUUUAUGAUAACGGAUAUUCUUGCCGACGCGUCGAGUCCAUCGAGUUUACAGAGCCAAGAGCCACCAGGUAGUCCUUCGUCGGCUCCACGUGAUCUCAGUGUCAAGCCCUCGAAGCACCAGGGUCACAAGCGCCAGAGGGAUGACGAUAGCGAUGCUAGCCACCACGACGGAGCUUCCGUCUCAUCCAACGGUGUGAAGGAAGAGGAUGCCAAGGAAUCGUCCUCGACGUCGAUGAACUCACCCCCGAGUAAAAAGCAACGGAAAGCAAGAACAGCCUUCACCGAUCACCAAUUACAAACACUGGAGAAGAGUUUUGAGAGGCAAAAAUACUUGAGCGUUCAGGACAGAAUGGAAUUAGCGGCUAAACUACAAUUGACGGAUACGCAGGUCAAGACGUGGUACCAAAACAGAAGAACAAAAUGGAAACGUCAGACGAUAGUGAGCUUUGAAAUUCUCGCUGAGGCUGGCCAGUACGUGGCCUUCCAGAGUAUGUACGGUAAUCGUACUGGUGUACCAACACAACCCUCUUACUGGCCUUAUCCAGGUGCUGCUGCACCACCACCCAGUGAAUUAUUUUACAGACAGGCAACUGCUGCAGUGACGCUGCAAAAACCCAUGGCACACCGUUUUUAUCCACCAACAAUGAUGCUAGCUGGUCCAAGUGCGCCUAUUGGUAGUCUAGCUGCAAGUUCAAGUCUCUCAAGUCUGAGUAGUUAUUACAAUCGUGAGAGUCCUGAGAUGAUGCAGGAGGCGAGGGAUAGAGAGCACAUGGAGAGAAGUGGUAUGCAGAGAGCGAGAAGCAAGAGUCUUGAGAGAACACCACCACCUAGGGAUGCCAGUCCACAGAGUACGAGAGUUGAUAGCGAUGAUGAGAGUAUACAUGACAUCUAGGACUCGGUUGAUACUGUACAAUCUGUGCAAACUGUGCAACCACUCUGGUGUCAUCCCGGUGAUGAGUCUGAUGCUGGUUGAAUGAUAAAUUGAGCUGUUGGUGCAUUGGCUCUCUUUCAGAGGAAACAGGAAAGGUGAUACCUGCUACAGUCUAGGACGGUUUCACGGUAAAAAGGAUCACUGUGGAUUCACCCAGGGAGAUCCCUUUUGACAUUCGAGAUUGACGGCAAUAUAUAUGUAUACAUAUAUAUAAAACACUGGGCUGGUUGUGUACAUGUGCAGGAUGUGACGUGUGGUUAACCGACGCGCUUUUGUCAACGCUCUGGCGGCUCGUGUCAAUUGUUCUCCUGGAAAAACAAACUCUCUUUGUUUUUUUUUUACAUAUUUUUUUUCACUCCCUCAACCCCCAGGUGGUUUUUAAGUACUUGCUGUUGUUGCUGUGAUAAAAAAAAAAAAACCAGUGACAACUGUGAGCUCAAUGUGCACAAUAAUAAACUCAUGGUUUUGUUUUAUUACAUUAAAAAUAUUUUCUCAUUCUAAAAUGAAAUGUGCCAGAAUGGAGUGGGGGAUGAUUCAGGGAUGAGACUGUUGUGGGGAUUCUGGUUCAAUUAAUGUACCAUUAGUGGAUUGCUGUUGUUUUGAUAUGAUUACGAGGAUUAAAUGACACGAAAUUACGAGGUAAAUGAUGCCCAGGCUAGUCCCGCGAAUGAAAAAACUCAUGCCAAUCAAGACUUCCCUUUUUCCAGCAUCUGAUGUAGAUUGAAGUGAAAAACAAGGAGAAAUAAGUGAGUCAUGAAAAUGCAUUAAAUGGAGUAAAGAGAGAUACGUUGUACAUAAGUACAUGAUACAACUGUACGAUUAUAGGCUUCGCUAUGAUUCAAUUUUAGGUAUAUAAGUAGGUACAUGUACAUAAGCUGAGCACUGUGAGUGAGAAACGGAUGUGUAAUACGUUAAAUGUGAGGUAAUGAGUGAGUACUUGAAGUUAGAUGGUCGAGCCAAAGUCAAAUGGAAUUGAAAUUGAAAAAUAUCUAUUGCAAAGAGUUAUUUUUCACAUUCAAAGAAUGAUAUUCCUAUUGGCAGUAUUCAUCUGUCCAAUUAUUCCGCAAUUGAGUAAACAUAGGCAAUAAUACGAAUAAUAAUUGAUCAUUCGCUAUUUUUUUUUAUCUUUUCGAAUGAGAAAUUUACCAGUAUUAUUGAAUGUAUAAAGCAGGAUUUACAUGACACAUGAAUCCAUCCGGGAGAGAUUGCGUUUAUGCGAGAACUAUGAAUUAUUAUUGUGUAAUGAUAUGUGAGAAUUAACAGCAAUCGUCGACGCAUCGAAUGUGUUCGAAGAAAACAGUUAAAUGGACAAUGAAAAUAUAACUUCUUUGCCGUGCAAUUAGUGGUAAUUGAUGCAGAAGGAGGAAUAUAGCGAACCUAUGCUUUGUAUAAUAAUGUCUG